CAUUCUGCGGCUUUUCAGGUCUAGUCUCGGUCGGGGGAAAGACAAGUCCUGACAUUUCCUCCUGCGUUUGGGAGUUCGCUGUGCUUUAACUCCGGGUGACCAGGCGUUUGCUGCGAUGUUAACACAGAGCUGAAGCUACAGAUCUGCUGGCUCUGAUACAUGACAGUGUUCUUGUAGGCCUUACGUGGAAUAUCAGAUCUAGAUUUCUCUCAAUCGUCACGGUCAGACUCCUGCUUGUAUGUGGUUGGAGUUCUCAAUGCCCAAACACCAAACCAACAUCAAAGAACUAUUGGCAAAAGGAGCCAACUUGCAUUCAUGUGCAGUUUCUUAAUGCACACACCAGUCAUGGAGUUCAACAAAUUGGUGACUUUGUGGAUAUUUUGCUUGUGUCUCGUUGGAGAAAGUUGGACUGAAAAAACAGACAAUCAUAUUGUUGAAAAUGGCGUGUCGGAUUUUUGUCGCAUCGAUGAGAAGCUUUGCAACGAUGAGAAUGGAGUUCUCAGCUACGAGGCGAUCCGUAGUAUUCACAAGCAGAUGGAUGAUGAUGCAAACGGCAAUGUAGACGUGGCAGAGACAGACGGCUUCCUGAGAGAAGAUCUUAACUACCAUGACCCCAAAGCCAAGCAUAACACCUUCCAUGGUGAUGACCAGUUCAUCAGUGUGGAGGACUUGUGGAAGGCCUGGAAGGGCUCUGAAGUGUAUAAUUGGACAUUGGAUGAGGUGGUGGAGUGGCUCAUCACUUAUGUGGAACUGCCACAAUAUGUGGAGGCCUUUCGCAAGAUGAAUUUUAAUGGAAGUGUCAUGCCAAGGCUGGCUGUUAAGAACACCUCCCUGACGCUCUCUGUUCUGAAGAUCCUGGAUCGCAGCCAUGUGCAAAAGUUGCAGCUCAAAUCUUUGGACACCGUGCUGUUUGGAGCACCCUUGAUGAAUAGACAUAGCCACUUGAAGGACUUCAUGCUGGUUGUGUCAAUAGUCAUUGGCAUGGGUGGUUGCUGGUUUGCCUACAUCCAGAAUCGCUACUCUAAGGAUCACAUGAAGAAGAUGAUGAAAGACCUGGACGGCCUGCAGAGAGCUGAGCAGAGCCUGCACGAUCUGCAACAGAAGCUGCAGAUCGCCCAAGAGGAGCACCGUACGGUAGAAGUGGAGAAGGUGAACCUGGAGCAGAAGAUGAGGGAUGAGAUCAACGCAGCCAAGCAGGAGGCCCAACGUCUGAGAGAGCUGCGCGAGGGCACAGUGAAUGAACUGAGCCGCCAGAAGUAUGCAGAGGAAGAGCUAGAUCAGGUGCGCAUGGCGUUGAAGAAAGCAGAGAAGGAGCUGGAGUCACGGAGUAGCUGGUCCCCUCCAGAGUCUCUGCAGAAGUGGCUGCAGCUCACCCAUGAGGUGGAAGUGCAGUACUACAACAUCAAGAAGCAAAAUGCUGAAAGGCAGCUCCUGGUGGCCAAAGAAGGGGCAGAGAAGAUAAAGAAGAAGAGGAACACACUCUUUGGGACUUUCCACGUGGCUCACAGCUCCUCUCUGGAUGAUGUGGACCACAAAAUACUGGCUGCCAAACAAGCCCUGGGUGAGGUGACGGCUGCUCUGCGUGAGAGGCUUCACCGUUGGCAGCAGAUCGAGAUCCUGACAGGCUUCACCAUCGUCAACAACCCCGGCCUUCCCUCUCUGGCCUCAUCCCUCAACCUUGAUGGCAGCAGCCUCUCGAGCGGCAGAGCUACACCCCAGCACUUCAUCAUGUCUGAAGACAUGGACGACAUGGAUGAGGAUUUCGUGCCUGGAACUCUGCAAUCUCCCAGUAUGAUGUCUCUACGCCAACGCCACAUUGACCCCCAGCUGGCCAUGGGCUCCCAGAGGUUGGUAGAUAGUUGCCAUUUGGCUGGGCAGCAGGGAGAGGGAGCCCUGUAUGCAUCCAGGUCUAGGGCCGCGUUCUCAAACUCACGCAGCCAAUCGUUCGGGCAGCUCGAUAGUCUCCCUCUGCCUCCUCUGUCCUCGGCUGUGUCUCACCCUUCCAUCAUCUGUGCCUCCAACCUCAAUCUUCAUCAUCCCCAGUCCUCUUUGUCCUCGUCUUCCUACUGCUUACCCAGCUCUGUGGCCGGCAUUUCAGCGCAUCAUUCCUCCCAUAUGUAUCAUGGUUCUUUCCAGCCCAUGGACCCCAUUCCUGAUUUCACUUUCUCAGAUGUCUCCAAAGCAGAGCGCAGCGAAAGCUUCGGGGACCUAAAUCGCUCAGACUCUGACUCCUCCCUGUCUCUCUCCCAAGUUGGUGAUCGGCUAUCUGCCUACAGCUCCAAAGGCCACCUUAUCAAGCCCGUCUCUCUCAUGCACGGCCUAUCUGGUCGUGCAGAUGACACCAUCUCUCUGCAUGCUUACACCCCCAACGGAGGGAACCGCAUUCAUGAGGUCAGUCCUGGAGAGCUUGUCCAUGACAGCCCCAUACUCAUGAAGAAGAUGUACGGCAUAGAGCAGAGUCCCAGCCUGGGAGAGAUCCAAAGUAUGUCAGAGUCUUCCCGCUCCCUCAGCCCCAACUCUACUGAACCUGACACUCCGUCACCUACUGGGGGGCAACCAGGGGCAGCUGGGGUAAAGGCCAACACUCGCAUCCCGCAGCUGUCCUCCAAGAAGAGCCCGCUGGAGGAGGACAGCGGCUCUACUGGAGAAGACACAGAUUCCACUGCCAGCCGCAAGAAACACACCUUCAAGAUCUUCAAGAAACAGAGGAAAUAAGGGCUACAUGAACUACAGGGCUAUCAAGGCUGUGUGACUGUAUUCCUCUGCUCUGUUUUUCAGAAAAGUUUUAUGGGUUCAUUAAUGUUGAAAAGAGGGCACAAUUUGUUGCCGUUGCAUCUUUUGGUAGGUACGACACCUACUCUAAGAAACUGUGGGAGCAACCAGCUGUUCAGUUUUAUCAGCUUUUUUGGUCAAUGUUCAAUAUGUGGGGAAAGGGUAAGUUUGUAUAUUGGAAUGUAAAGUAUUAUUUAUUCUGCAGGAAGUUGCACCAGUCCCAAAGGAAAAUGUUUUGUCACCAGUUGUUUUUUCUUUCUUGUUCCUAAAUCUUUAACAUUUUGCAUGUCUUCACUUGUGUUUGAAUGGUAGGCUACUUGAAUGCUCUUAGUGUUUGCUCGGUUAUGUUGUUAACCUGCUUAGACAACACUUGAUGUUUCUUUUAUUAUUACCUAACCACCUAGCCUACAUAUUCAAAGUGAAUGUGCACUCCUUUGUUUCACUCAGUGCUUCGUUUGUUACCAAAGGUUACAAAGUAGUCAAUGAAAGCUCAGAGUGGUCCAACAGUGAUGGAUAUCAUUUUGGGAACAGAAAUUUCAGCUAUUGGUUUGAUUUAGAAACAAAAUAGAAAAUAAUAAUAAAGUUGUUUACAAUAAAGUAAAUCUCCCUUUAACAAGUUACAAAAGGAUCAUCAAAUUCUAGCGUUAGAUCUUUUGCUUUACUUUUAGUAUUUAGGUGUCGAGUGCAUGAGAGAGUGAGAGAGAAAUGCUUUGCUUUAAAUGUCUAGCUUUUAAACCUUGCCAACAAGUUUAACCACUGAUUAAUAUUUGGAAUAUCACGUUUCCUCAGAGUAGUUAGUGAUCAACGUUUGUAGUUCCUGCAUCGAUUACCAAAAACAUGAUGACCUAUGGACUGCGUGUUAUUGAACUUUUAUUUAUCUUUGUAUGGAAUUUAAACGUUACAUCUGAGAAAAGUGUACAUUAUAUAACGAGACAGACAACAUAUAUAUCAAAGAUUUUUAACACAAAAAACAAAAGCACAUUUUUACUGAACUAUUUGAUAGUCAUCUUUUGUGUUUUGAGAUUUGGUGCGAGUUUACCUUUCAUUUUGGUUCCCACUAUCCUCUGUCCUAUUGAUUUUGUUUUAAUAACUAUUUAGCUGAGAAUGAAAACUUCUCAGCAGUCUGUCGGUUGAAGAUGGGUGCUGGUAAGGGCUAUAGUUACCAGGCAAAUGAAUUUGCUCUGUGGUCGAUUUAAAUGUUCAAGUUCUAACUACUUUAUAAUUCACCUUUUAUGGAAGAUUUAGCUUAAGUCAUGUCAAAGUGCCAAAUCUAUCCAAACUGUCAGAAUUGUAUAUGUAGUGUGUUUGGCCCUGUGAGCCCCCUUUACAAAGAACACAUGCUUUAUAUUAACAGUCUGUAAUGUAUCUCCUGAGCUUCAAUGCUGAAUGUCCGAGGGUAAUGUUCCUGUAACAGUAUCAUCAGUACAACAUGUUUACAUUUGUUACUACUCUCAGAUUAUCGCAGCAAAAAAACUUUGUGCCAGUUUUAAUAUUGACCGCUUCAUAUGAGCACAGAACUAUGCAUCAGUAGUUGUAGGUGAUUGCUAAAGUAGUAAGGACGCCAGUACACUUAGGGUGUUCCUGACCAAUGAACAACCAAAAAGUGCUGCAGACGACACCGUGGGCCUACACAGCCCCAACAUGUAACAGGUGGUCAAAAUGUAUAAGAAUUGUUUGCUUUAUUUUAGAAACCAGCUAAAAAAAAAAAACAUUUCCUACUGGUACUUUUUUUAAAGUGUCAUUUGUACCUCUUUUGCACGACAGAGCUGUUAAUGUUUUCUGCCAUCUGAAUGUGUGCGUGUGUCCGUCUGCUCCCAGUAUAAUGCACUGUAACGUUGAUGCAUGUCAACUGCUGUAACAAACCUAUAUUGGGUUAAAAGAGUUAUUCAGCUUAUGCUCGUUACUCUCCGGCCUACUUCUUCUUUCUCUUCAUUUUGAGCUUCUAUUUAUGAAUUCACACAGUAUAUUUGUACAGAGAAAAUGAUAAUUUUGCAUCUUCUGUGAUGGUCUAGACUUUUACGGCACUCCUGCAUGAUAGCAAUAAACUAUUUUGAAUGAAAAA